AUGAGGAGCGGGCGCGGCGGCCGGCGGUGCCUGGGCGGGGAAGCGGGUGCGUGCGCCAUGAACCCCGAGCUGGCGAUGGAGCCGCUGGGCAGCCUGCACGGGGCGGCGGGGCACGAGCCGGAGCUGAUGGGCAGCCCCAGCCCUCACCACGGCGGGCGCAGCGCGGGGCCGCUCCGGGUGCCGCCUCCGCCGCCGCCGCCGCCGCCGCCGCCGCACCAGGAGCUGCCCCCCGCCGCCCGGCCCGCCAUGGUGCCCAGCAUGGCCUCGCUGCUGGACGGCGCCGCCGAGUACCGGCCCGAGCUCUCCAUCCCGCUGCACCACGCCAUGAGCGUGCCCUGCGAGGCCUCGCCGCCCGGCAUGGGCAUGAGCGGCACCUACACCACGCUGACGCCGCUCCAGCCCCUGCCGCCCAUCUCCGCCGUCUCCGACAAGUUCCACCACCCUCAUGCCCACCCGCACGCCCACCACCACCAUCACCACCAGCGCCUGCCGGGCAGCGCCGGGGGCAGCUUCGCGCUCAUGCGGGACGAGCGCGGGCUGCCCGCCGUCAACAGCCUCUACGGGCCCUACAAGGAGGUGCCGGCCGUGGGGCAGAGCCUCUCGCCGCUGGGCAACGGGCUGGGCCCGCUCCCUGGCGCCCAGCAGGGCCUGCACGGCUACGGGCCGCCGGGCCACGACAAGAUGCUGAGCCCCAACUUCGAGGCGCACGCGGCGAUGCUGGCGCGGGGGGAGCAGCACCUGCCCCGGGGGCUGGGGACGCCCCCGGCCAUGCUGCCGCCCCUGAACGGCGCGCACCACCCCGCGCCCCCCGGGCCGCCGCCGCCGCACGGCCCCGCGCUGCCCGCCGGCCGGGAGCGGCCGCCCCCCGCCGCCGGCCCGCAGGGGAGCGGCGCGGGGCAGCUGGAGGAGAUCAACACCAAGGAGGUGGCACAAAGGAUCACGGCGGAGCUGAAGCGCUACAGCAUCCCGCAGGCCAUCUUCGCCCAACGAGUGCUGUGCCGCUCCCAGGGGACCCUGUCGGACUUGCUGCGGAACCCCAAGCCCUGGAGUAAACUCAAGUCCGGCCGGGAGACGUUCCGCAGGAUGUGGAAGUGGCUACAGGAGCCGGAGUUCCAGAGGAUGUCUGCCCUGCGGCUGGCAGCCUGCAAACGCAAAGAGCAGGAGCCCAACAAAGAGCGGAACAACUCCCAGAAGAAAUCCCGGCUGGUUUUCACGGACCUCCAGCGCCGAACGCUUUUCGCCAUCUUCAAGGAGAACAAGCGUCCCUCCAAAGAGAUGCAGAUCACCAUCUCGCAGCAGCUGGGCCUGGAGCUCACCACCGUCAGCAACUUCUUCAUGAACGCGCGCCGGCGCAGCCUGGAGAAGUGGCAGGAGGACCUGAGCUCCGGGGGCUCCUCCUCGGCCCCCAGCACCUGCAGCAAGGCGUGAGGGGCGCGGCACGGCACAGAGAGAGCGGCUCCAGCACGGCCCGCCCGUGACCCAAAGCACAAUCCCCCGCGGCCACCCCGCCCAGCUGUGCCCGGCGUCCCCAGGGCUCUCAGCUCCACACCCACCUCUCUCCACACAAUACUAUGCUCAGGACAGGCGAAGCGCGGCUGGAACGGAGGGAGCCCUUGGGGCAGGUCUCUGCUGAGCCCCGGCUUCCUGCGGCCGCACCACCCCGCGGCCACGCGACAACGGAGCACAAAGGCGGAUACUAAACCCAAACCUCGUUUUUAAACUCAGGCCUGGUUUUGUUAAGUGUUUUAGGGAAAAAAAAAAAUCAGAUUUAAUCUUGAUUUUUUUGGUUGGUUUCUUAGUUUACUGAAUCAGUUUGUUCGUGGAUCUGGAAAGUUCAGUUCUCUUGAGCUCCAAGUAUCAAGCACAAAGCUGGUAGCUACGGCCACGGCCCGUGGGCUGCUGUGGCAUCCCAGAACACCAGGAACAGCCUCAAGCACAGCUGGCAGCUCCUCACAAGCUCUGUGUUUGCACCUGAUGCACACUCAGGAGCUGGAUGGAACCGCUGCAGCCCAUGGAGCAAACACACCGUUCGGAAGAUCUAGAUGAAUUUAUUACAUCCUUUUCAGUUUCUGGCCAUCUGGUUGCUCCUCAGCAGCGGCUGUUACUGCAGCCCUGUUAGUGUUCAGUGUGCUUCUGUUUGCUCUCUCAGUAUCUUGUGCUGCUUUCCAGCAGGAACAGAACCAGAAGCCCCUCAGAAGCCGCCGAGGGUUUCAGACGCGCGCGUUUCGCUCUAUCCAUCUCUCCCUAAGCCCCCUUUCCCUGCCCGCUCCCCGGGCUGGCAGGGACACAGCACACCAAAGAGACAGCAUUUCUGCAAGCCAAAGAUGUUCCUACCUUGCCAUUUCUCUCAGUCAUGGCUGGUGCGGGUGUGGCUGGCAUUGGGGAGCCUGGCCAGCUCCUCCUGGCCGUGCUCUGCCACGGACACUUGAGACUUUUUUUAUGUACUGCUUAAUCGAAACCAAAGAAACGUUUUCUGCACCUACUUCUUCUGCAACAAACUGUUCCAUUGAAAGAUAAAGUAAAAAUUAAAAAAAAAAUAAAUAAACAAAACCAAGGAAGCAUGUCAGGAAGCAAACGAGUCCCACACUGUGUUCUACAGACAUCUCGCAUGUUUUCGGAAGCAGAUCUCAAAGAAAGGGUUGACAAGAAUGAGAACAAAGCAAAGCCAGUCCAAUUGCUGCUUCAUUUGACAACUCCAGUCAUCUUAAAGUUGAAGAUUGUCUUUAAUUUGUGCCUAUGCAGUUUUUUCACAAGAACAAGGAACAGAGCAACCAAAACCUCAACAGCUACAAUACCAAAGAUGAGGAAUCUCACCACUUGUGUUUCAGUUUGUUUCUCCUCUUGCACGACUAAUGCACAUGUAACCCCACUGCUCUCUGGACAGGUAACCACUCGUGAGUCUUUGUGCAGCCAGAAGGGUGGGUUUAUUUAUUUCCCCUGUUUCUGCCCCGCACAGCAUCUCUCCAAGAACUGCAUGGACUCCAGGUGCAGGAUGCUGGGAUUCUACUGGUGCAUCUCCUCCCUGCAGGAAACACCUGUGGAUUGGCUGUGACUUGUGUGUUGGUGUCCUGUGUGUCUGGAGCUGUUAACAGCUCCCCUCCUGUGCUCCUCCCUCCUUUCUCUUCCCCAGGGAUAAAACUUGCAAUGUGUGUGUUUCCAUCUCUGUCACUGGGAGUGCUGAGCAGCACCACAGCCCAGCUCCAAAC